GUGAGGGUCAAACACAGCUUCCCAUGAGAUGAACUACUCUCAGGCAUCCUGAGACCCAGGCCAUCGAGGACACGUAGCUCUGCCCUUUUUAUCAAGAGUAGCUGUGACACUGCCGCUGCUGCUGCACCCUCUUUGGCUCAUUCAAUUGCCAUUGGAGGCUCUCAGUUCAGGACCAUCUACCCGGAGCAUGGGGCUUUCAGAUGUCCAGCUCUGGCCGGUGCUAUUGUGGGCAUUGGCAUGGUUGCAGAGUACAAGAUCUGCAUGCCCGUCCUGUGGGGGCCCGACCCUGGCACCCCAAGGAGAACGCGCUCUGGUUCUAGAGCUAGCCAAGAAGCAAAUCCUGGAGGGGCUGCACCUGACCAGCCGUCCCAGAAUAACUCGCCCUCUGCCCCAGGCAGCACUAACCAGAGCCCUCCGGAGACUGCAGCCCCGGAACCUGGCUCCUGGCAACCGAGAGGAAGUCAUCAGCUUUGCCACCACUGUAGACAAAUCCACUUCAACCUACCGCUGCAUGCUCACCUUCCAGCUGUCCCCUCUCCGGUCCCACCACCUGUACCAUGCCCGCCUCUGGCUGCAUGUGCCCCCGUCCUUCCCUGGCACGCUCUACCUGAGGAUCUUCCGUUGCGGCACUAAGAGCUGCCGGGGAUACCGCACCUUCCUAGCCGAGCACAGAACGACUUCCUCGGGCUGGCACGCCCUGACUCUGCCCUCUAGCGGCCUGCGGAGUGAUGAUUCUGGAGUCGUGAAACUCCAGCUGGACUACAGACCCCUGGACCCUAACAGCACGGUCAUUCCACUGCCACGCAGACUCUUGGACACAGAGGGACAGCAGCAUCCCUUCUUGGAACUUAAGAUCCGAGCUAAUGAACCCGGAGCAGGCCGGGCUAGGAGGAGGACCCCCACCUGUGCUCCUGAGACCCCCCUAUGUUGUAGGAGAGACCACUAUGUAGACUUCCAGGAGCUGGGGUGGCGGGACUGGAUCCUGCAGCCCGAAGGAUACCAUCUGAAUUAUUGCAGCGGGCAGUGCCCGCCACACCUAGCUGGCAGCCCUGGCAUUGCUGCCUCCUUCCAUUCCGCUGUCUUCAGCCUCCUCAAAGCCAACAACCCCUGGCCUGUGGGUUCUUCCUGCUGUGUCCCCACUGCCCGAAGACCUCUCUCACUCCUCUACCUCGACCAUAAUGGCAAUGUGGUCAAGACCGAUGUGCCAGACAUGGUAGUCGAGGCCUGUGGCUGCAGCUAGCAAGAGGACCUGGAGGUUUAAGGUUCAAAUUGGAGGUUCCCUGGCAAAAGACUCCUGUGUCUGGAAGCUUGAGAUUUGCUGACCCACGCAGACAUCCUCCAGGCUACCUGGCGGUGUGACUGGGUUUGAUUCCCGUGGAAAUCAAAUGGGCAUUUUCUUGCCCUAGAUUCCCGUCUAUUUCAGGUUGCUGCAAAUGUGGACAGAUGGGUAAACUGUUUCCUCUCAAGGGGACUGCUUUGGCCAGCACCGUUUUCUACAUUGAGCCCUGUUCCAGGACAGCAGGGAAUGUCGUGGGAGGGAAAGGAGGAGGCAGGGGAAAAUUACUUAGUCUCUUCCCCAGAAAAGAAAUCUCUCAAGUGAUGGAGCAGGAAGUAGAGGCGCCAGCAGGCUGGGAAAAGACUAAGAAGCGGGCUAAGAACAGGGUCCAUUGCCUGAUUUGAAGUGAAGUCAAGAGAAAGAUGAGCAAGGUGUGCGUGAGUGUGGGAAGGGAGUCGGGGUUAGGAGGGCCUGGAGUUGGGGGUUAGUAAGAAGGGAUGCUGGGCUCAUGACAUCCCCUAGCUUUCCCUCGAGGACAAGAUCCAAGUGGAAGACAUAAUUUAUAUUUUCUUAAUAAAAACGAGAAAGAAAGGCAACAGUGAGUCAUGAUAGGAGUUGAUGUGAUGGGCCAUAAUGAAAGGGUGGUCUGGGUACCUCUGGCAGUUCCCCAAAGCCUCUCAGAGGUUUAGAAACCACUUUCGUAAUAAUACUAAGAUGCUAUUUGCCUCUUAUUAUUUCUACGUUGUACAGUGGGGCCAGGGUGUGGUGCUUUGUACUUAUAAUUAAAGCA